GAUUCUGUACAAGUCGGGUGAAGGUGAAAUAGGUCCAACUGUGCAAAACAGUCCUCCGUUGCAGUUCAACAUUAUGUCAUCAAGUGGACUUUUAACCAUUCGUUCUGAACUUUGCAAGCGUUUGGCUCACAAGUACCUGUCAAGGACCUAUUCAACUCGCCCUUCUUUAAAUGAAGUGGUCAUCGUCAGUGCCGUCCGCACCCCGAUGGGGUCCUUCAGAGGGAGCCUGGCAGCCGUACCCGCCACCAAACUGGGCUCCAUCGCCAUCAAAGGAGCCAUUGAGAAAGCAGGUAUCCCAGUUGAGGAGGUGAAGGAGGUCUACAUGGGAAAUGUACUGCAGGCUGGGGAAGGACAGGCCCCUACAAGACAGGCCCUGCUUGGCGCAGGACUGUCCUUCUCCACUCCAGCAACAACAAUCAACAAAGUGUGUGCCUCUGGGAUGAAGUCUAUCAUGCUGGCUGCCCAGUGUCUGAUGUGUGGACACCAGGAUGUGAUGGUGGCAGGCGGUAUGGAGAGCAUGUCCAAUGUCCCCUACGUGAUGACUAGGGACACUCCGUCCUACGGAGGUGUGAGGAUGGAGGACCUCAUCGUGAAGGACGGCCUCACUGACGUCUACAACAAAUUCCACAUGGGAAACUGUGCAGAAAACACAGCCAAGAACAGCCAGAUCACCAGGGAGGAGCAGGAUGCCUACGCCAUCAGUUCAUACAGCCGCAGCAAAGCAGCAUUUGAAUCAGGACUGCUUGCGAAAGAGAUUGUCCCUGUUAGCAUCCCUCAGAAAGGCAAGCCUGAUGUGGUAGUGUCAGAGGAUGAGGAGUGGAGGCGCGUGGACUUCAGCAAAGUCCCCAAACUGAGAGCAGUGUUCCAAAAGGAGAAUGGCACGGUGACUGCAGCUAAUGCCAGCACGCUGAACGACGGGGCCGCCGCUCUGGUUCUCAUGACGUCCGACGCGGCAAAGAGACUCGGCGUCACCCCAUUGGCCAGGAUCGUCUCUUUUGCUGAUGCAGCUACUGCUCCCAUUGAUUUCCCCAUCGCUCCUGCCUUUGCUGUACCAAAGGUCCUGGCAGCUGCAGGGCUAAAGAAGGAGGACAUUGCCAUGUGGGAGAUCAACGAAGCCUUCAGUGUUGUGGUUCUGGCCAAUGUAAAGAUGCUGGACAUCGACCCCAGCAAAGUCAAUGUCAAUGGAGGAGCUGUCUCCCUGGGACACCCUAUUGGGAUGUCGGGGGCGAGAAUCGUGGGACACAUGGUACAUGCUCUGAAGUCUGGCCAGUACGGCCUGGCUGGGAUCUGCAAUGGUGGUGGUGGAGCCUCCUCUAUCAUCAUCCAGAAGUUAUAGGAAUCUUUAUCUUCUCUCUUCCCCUUAAAGAUGUUAUUAUCAGACAAGCAUAUAAACUGCCUGAACUGAGCUGUUAAACCACUGUUGGAUGUACAUUUCAUGUUUUAGACCAUGCCGUAUCACUCUAGAUCAUGUGUCUGACAUGAACAAUCUCCAGUCCGGCAGCCUUACUGGUCAACUAACCUACUGUACACGUAAACUGAUAUGACUCUCAUGUUUAAGUCACUCCUGUUUUUGAUGAACGUUUGUUGCAAGAGGCAAUUUAUAUUUAACUUUGACUGUAAAGAUGAAUAAAUAGUUUAUUAUGAAAAAAGA